CGUUGCCCUUUUUUUUUCAUUUCUCGAAUAUAUACGUCACGAUAGGAGUUGCUGUUGUUGUUUUUCGAUGGUGUUUUGCGGUCACUUUCUUUCCUUUUUCCUCUUCUAGUAGAGAAAUCGACUUUCUCUUGUCCUCGAGACACCUCACAAUGGACGCGAUAGAACGAAUUCUAUCGCGGCCAGUGGCCAAACCAUAUCGAUCCGGGAAAAUCGACCCUUCAGCCAGGCCGCAUCUCAACGAAAACGGCCAUGUCGAUUUCGCCCCGGAGGAUGUCGAGAACCCCAAACAAUGGUCGACCCCACGACGAUGGUACUGUACCGUGGUGGCCAUCAUGCUCGUGGUCAACGCCACCUUCGCCUCGUCGAGUCCGUCGGGUUGUCUUCGAGGCAUCGCGGCGCACUUUCAUGUCUCGGUGGAAGCCUCUGGCCUCGUCAUCACCUUGUUCCUCCUCGGGUACUGUGCAGGGCCACUGAUCUUCGCGCCCCUCUCUGAAUUCUACGGUCGACGAUGGGUGUUCUUGACGACCUUCACCGCCUACAACGCCUUCAACUUCCUCUGCGCAUUCGCACCAAACUUUGGAUCCCUCCUCGUCGGCCGUCUCCUCACAGGGACGUUCGCGAGCGCGCCGUUGACGAAUGCCCCCGGAGUCUUGGCCGACAUCUGGGGACCUAUCGAACGAGGCAACGCCAUGGCCGUCUUCUCCAUGAUGACCUUUGUCGGUCCGGCUCUGGGUCCCGUGGUCAGCGGGUUCCUCGAGCUCAAGGAAGAUUGGAGGUGGAAUUUUUAUGUUUUGUUGUGGCUCGGUUGGUUCACUGAGGUUCUCAUGUUCACCAUCCCCGAGACACUACCGUCGGUGGUGUUGAUCAACAAAGCUCGAAGAAUUCGAGCGACUGGUAACCCGGAACACGCCGAGCUCAAGGCACCUGCGGAAGCCGACACCAGAGAACUGAAGGCCAUUUUCAAGAUCGCCCUCAUCCGACCCUGGAAGAUUUUGUUUGAUCCAAUCUCGUUCCUGGUGGCAAUCUACCUCUCCAUCGUCUAUGUCUUGCUGUACAUGCUCUUCACCAUCUACCCCAUCGUCUUCCAACAAAAACGAGGCUGGAACUCGGGAGUUGGUGAACUUCCACUCAUCGGCACGGCCAUCGGAUCCAGCAUCGGCGGUUGCGUCAUCUUCUACAUCUCAUCCCGCGACAAGAAGAAGAUGCUCGCCGGCGUGCCUCGCACCCCCGAAGACCGUCUCCCCGUCGCCAUGAUCGGCGGCAUUGGGUUCGCCGUCACCAUGUUUUGGUUCGGUUGGACCGGCCAGUACAACAGCAUCCAUUGGAUCGUGCCCACCCUGGCCGGGACCUUCCUGUCCGCUUCCAUCAUGCUGAUCUUUGUCUCCUACCUCAACUACCUCACCGACACCUACCUCAUGUACACCGCGAGCGCCAUGGCGGCCAACACCAUCUGUCGGUCCGCGUGCGGGGCCGCGGCGCCGCUGUUCACGCAGUACAUGUUCGACGCCCUCGACGUGGGCCCCGGAGCGUCCUUGAUCGGAGGCGUCGCCUGUCUCCUGGCACCCAUCCCGUUUGUGUUUUACAAGUACGGGAGGCAAAUCCGGGAGAGGAGCAAAUUCGCCCCGACUCCGUUGCCGAAGCGGGACGACGAGGAAAAGCAGAGUGACGUUGAUGUCGUACGAGGAAAUUCGAAUUCGAGUUCUUCUGUCAGCAUUGAGAGUAGCAGUGGUGCUUCCUCGAUUGGACAUGAGAGUCCGCAUGAACUUGGUCCUGGUGAUGAGAAGCCGAAAAAUGAAAAGACUGAUAGUGACGCGACACCGGAAAAGGACCGGUGAAAAACAAACAGCCUGCGACUCGGUUACGCUGUCGAAUAACGAAUGCGAAUAGAACACACGGGACUAACGAAGUACCCCACUCAGUAUAUGUAUGAUCAAGGUGUCCCUGAUUGAGCACGGAAACACUUAUCACUCGUACGCAACAUAUUCGGACUUUUUUUGGGCGAUUCGGAAUGGGAGUAGAUUCAAAAUCGAGAUCGAAAAAGACCUGCUUUUUACCAAUCCACUAUUGAACAGUCAGUGCUGACCAGCAAAUAUACCAAGGCCAUUAGGAGUACGACGAAUAUCUAUUUUCAUUCGUACUCUGUGAACGGACCCGAGUUUUGGGGACGGGGAGCUUCUCCUUGACGAUAGUACCCUCAGUAACUACUGUACGGGCACACCACACUUGAGAGAUCCGGAAUUCAAUUUGUCGCAGCACCGGGCGCUGUGCUGUUUGCUGUUCACAUACUUCGUAACACGAGAGAUUUUUCUCCUUUUUCUCGCUGUGGAUACGGGAUUAAGGAGUGGCUCGAACGGAGACAAUUUACGGAUCACACGGACUUUGGUAUCCGCUGUCGACGAUAGGUUCUGGCUCUGUCCGAGGUCAAUCCAAACGGAGUUAACGUCGACGUUGAGAGCAGUAUGACAUACAGAGUAAAACUGCGAGGCCGAUGUCCAGUCAGCUCCGUUGUUUUGCAGAAGUAUCACAGAGGACACUCAUGGCGAAACAACGAUUGGAGACCUUGUUGAUGCAAGAAGGCCACUGUAGGAAGUACUAUGGAAAAGCAUUGAAGUAGAGAAUAGUUGGUACCUUGGGAGUGAUAUUUCACCUAACGUUGGGUCAUCGCCCUCACCAUCAACCAAAGAAUAGAAAUAUUCAAAUACGCAUGCUUUUGUACAUUCCUCGGCCAUUGUCGCAAGUACUCGUCGUGAUUUACACCAUGUAUUGAGACCGUGGACCUCUGUUUCUCAGGUUCAUCAAAGUCCCGUCCACCAUGUCCCAUUGUUUGUUUCUGCAUCCGUAUCCCAGACCAACAACGAACUCGAGUUUCGUGGUCUACUGGGCCACACAUCUUUCAACCCGUCCCAGACCUGAAGUGGUCCAGAGUAAGUCACUUCGACUCCCUUGGAGGCAAACAGGCCCACCCCCGUACUGUCCAGUCUGCUAGGAUAGACCCUGGUCGUCAGAGCGAAACGAUCAUUGACAAAGAUUUCGACCAGUGAUCCGUCCACGAACACAUCGAAUGUGAUGGUUUCAGGAACGGCGACGCCGGAACCGGAUCCGGUUUCGUCGUGAGUGAUGACGUUGUAUGGUUCGAAAAACCCUAGGUACGUCGUCUUGAGAAAUUCUGGGAUGGUCGAAGAUUUCUUCCUGUCGCAUGCAAUCGUCGACGUCGUGGGGUCAUGGUAUAUCGAAGUGUACUCGAGGAAAUCGGGAGACGCAAGGAUUGUCAAACCCGCUCUACCGGUCGUGCUGGCGACUGUGAACGAAAUUUCGUACGAAGAUGAAUUCAACUUGUUCAAAAGCAUCAUAGACCCGGAGCCGGCACCGUUGCCUUUUAUUGUGUUGUUGUCGUUGUCGCCGCCUACGGUAUGGUUUGUGGCGUGAGAACCUUCGCGGAGACCGGCGACGACAUCCCGGGCAGGUCGGAUACCCAGUGUGCGUGCCGUGCAAGUGCCGUUGGGGUUUGACGUGUACACCGAACUACUGUUUCUCAUGGGCGAAGGUGGUUUGACGUUGGGCGUGUACAAAACAAACAGUUCUCGAGGGAUUGACAAGGCCCCUUGAUACCCCUGUUGAACGAUCCCAAAGUUGUUCAUGUCUUCUGGUGACCAACCUAUCUGAAUGCGACGGUCACGUUUGGUGUCGUUGAAUGAUGUUACCUUGAGAGACUCCAGUAUCAGAACAGCACACAUACAGAGAGAUCAUGGCGCUUUUCCCUCAUCAUUGAGACUCACAGCGUAGAGAUUACCCCAAUCCACCGCACCCAUCGAUACCGGUUCGAAUGCAAUGGAUCCAUUCGGUCUGGCACUGACAACCCCUUCAUUCCAAAUCGACCAAGUCUGUUCAUGAUAACUUCUAUCGCCUCCUUGUACUCCAGAACUGAAGAACCAGUGGCCAUCAAGAUCGAAGAAAUUGGGAACUUCAAAAUUCCAUCCCCAAUUACCCACCUCGUACGGCCGACCGAGGGAAGUGUUGCCAUUGGGUUCCCACAAUGCUCCCAGGAAAGUCCAAUCGGUCAGGUUCGACGCUAGUGCGGUGUACAGAGGUGCUCGGGGCCCAACGUCGCCUAUCCCGGAACCAAAGACAGAAUAGUAAUGCGGCUCGGAGUAGUUGAGCAUGCGAUCCAACUCCGGCGACUCAUGAAAGAAAGGAUCUCGGAACCCGGUAACGUUCCAACCCUCUGGUGGCUGCGAUAUCACUGGAUUGCCAUCGUAUUGCGUCCAGCUGAGACCGCCGUCCGUAGAGUAUGCCAAACUCUGACUCUCGGUUCCCUUGAGGUACGGUGCGUCCCAACUCGUGGGAAGGCGAGAGACGGAGGUGUAAAAGGCGAGUAGUGUACCGUCGUCGACUUCUCCGGUCAAGUUGACGGGUUGUGCAGUGCCCGUGAAGAUUCCGAGGUGGUUGUACUCGCUGGGACCAUGGUGGGAGCUGGUCAGAUUGGUCGGUCCUAGUGAUUGUGCUCGACUUCCUGACCAGGCUUGGGCUGCUGCUUGGGAUUGAUCGCCAGAGAAGUGGUCGACAUCAAUCCAUGUCACUAGAUCUUCCGACGAGGCAUGACCCCAAGAGAUGUUGCCCCAUUCCACAUGGUUGACGUGCCACUGGUAGUGCAGAUGGUAAAGGUCGCCGACGGGGUCAUAGAGUGGUCCACAUGGGUCAUUCAUCCAUCCGGCAGGGGCGGAGAAAUGUGAGUAAGGACGCCAUCGAUCGAAUAGACUGUUGUUGCUCAUCCCUUCAAUCAUACUUGAUGCCAAUGUCAAUGUCUGGCCAUGAGCCAUCAUGGCUGCAAAACCAAUGACUGGUAGAAUCAACAUCAUGUUGAACACCGUUGACGUGAUAAAGAGACAUUACAGCACACACAUUGUCGGAUGCAAAGCAACAUUCGAGGAGUUGUGAGCGGAUGUUCAAGUUGCAUUAUUGAUCGACAACAGUCGGUACACAUCAUCGUGCAUUCGCUCCGUUUGUGGGGAUCCCCAGUAUGGAUCGAUCACGAGUAAGAGGUACUUAGGUACCUGUAGUUGGCCUUUUGUCCGUACUAUCCAUGCACUCUUCCCCGGAUGAACUGCGGACAUGAUGGGAAUGAGUUGGGAAACGGAAACGACAAUUUGCAAGGCAGCACUGCGCAAAGAUCGGCACGAAGUUUUGAUAGCAUAUGUAGCCC